GUCAAAUAAAUUGUACGUCAAAAUGUGCUAAACGUAAACAAAACCAAGUUUUUAUAAAUUUUGCUCUUCUUCGUUUUUUGUUGUAGAGAUAUCCGUAAUUCCUAAACUUAAUAAUACAUAAGUGAGAAAUCUUCUUAAUAACAGCUACCAUAAAAUCUAAAAAUGGAGCAAGAUCCUAUGUUAUCUUCUGAUGACAGCAGCGAUUCUCAAAUGAAAAACAUGAAAAAUCAGUUAAUUGAAUAUGGAUUGGGUGAUGAAAACCUUACUAAGGAAGAAAUGAGUGAUCUUCUAAAAGCUUUAAAUAACUCGAAGACUUCAGCUAAAGAGGAUGAAUUAUUGUUGCGCCAAAAGAUAGAGCAAGAGCAAUGUAAUGUAACGCCAAAAAAAUCAAUGAAGAGAAGAUAUUUGAAUGUGAGAGAUCGAAGGAUGCCUUGGUGUGUAUUGCCUAAUACUAUUACACAAGCUGAGAAAGCAAGAACCCUGGCUGUGUACAUAAAACUGAUGUCCAUAAACAGCUAUCGCCAGGCAAGACAGUCUGCUACAUUUGCAAACUGGCCACCUCCAAUUCAAAUCAUAGAAGAAACAACUAGAGUACAACCAAUUAGAUCCACUCGAAGCGGCCGCUCUAUGCCUAUUUAUGCAGGUUUUGAUGACGAUUCAUCUGAUUUUGAUCUAGUCAUAACUAAAACUAAGAAGCGGAAGAUGUCAAAUAAUGAUAACAAUGAGGAUGAUGGUAUUUAUUCAAAUAAAGUUGUAAGCUUAAAAAGGAAAUCUCCUAAAGAGGACACUGUAAGACCAAUCAAGGAGGUAAAAUUAAAUGUUGAGUCUGCAGAUUUCGAGUCUUUUGCUUUGGGUAACAAUUUGAAGCCCAAAAGGAAUUUGUUUACCAUAAUUGAAGACUGA